AUGCAAAGUGAAGGUAAUGCCGAGGGUGAAACUAAUAAUGGUGCUCGUAAAACAUUGCGAACGCCAAAAUGUGCACGGUGCCGAAAUCAUGGCGUGAUAUCGUGUCUGAAGGGGCAUAAGCGACUUUGCCGGUGGAGAGAUUGUCGUUGCCCCGGAUGUUUGUUAGUGCUGGAGCGACAGAGAGUUAUGGCUGCUCAGGUGGCGCUUCGCAGACAGCAAAGCGCUGGUGGCAGCACGCAAGCACGUGACGGGGAGGCAGCUGCCCUGGCGGCUCGUAAGCAGGCCUACCGCGCACGGCUGCGAUGUAUGCAAAUGACCAGAGUCUACCCUGUCCAACCUCUACAAUAUGGUAACACAAGCCUGAUUACGGAUCCGACAUGGAGCGAGCGUGUGCGUCGUCGCCGAGCGUUCGCGGAUGUCGAGUUAGAGCGAGGGUCGGCUCCAGCACCCACCGCCCCACCGGCGCCCCCCGCGGCUGUCUUUUGCAGACAUCUCUUAGCAGCCUUACUCACCAACUACGCACCAGCUCCUCCGCCACCACAGAAACCUAAAUUGUCGUUUUCAAUCGAAUCUAUAAUUGGUGUUCAGUAAAAUUGUCUACACCAAAUUGACUCAUCCGAAACCGAAGGUAGUGAAUACCUAGUGGAACGUGGAAGAGUAAAACUGCAGUUUAAUAGUAAACGAAUGUAUGUUAUGUACAUACUGCAAUGUUAUAGGCAAGUCAACC